AUGGAAGUAUUUUUCUUAUUAAUUAGUAUUGUUUUGUUUUCUGGAUCUAAGGCAUUCCCAGUGGAUGAUGACGAUUCAGACAUAAUAAUCGUUGAUUCUGUAUUAGAAAACAGUAUUGAUGGUGAUGAUUCUAUUAUAGAUGUAUCUAGUUUGGGACCAGAGGCAUUUGGAAUCCCAAAAAAUGAAAGUGGUGACAACGUCGCAGAAUGGACAGAGUCUUCACUCAUGAACCCUGAAGAAAUGGGAGGUUAUGCUGAAGGUGAUAUACUAAUGCCGAAAUUCGCGAGGAACGGUAUUCGCGAACGAACCGUAAGAUGGGAAAAUGGCAUUAUUCCAUACGCAAUCGAUAAGGCAGGAUACAAUCGGGACCAGCAGGAUAUGAUCAUGAAAGCUAUCGCAGACUACCAUCGUCUCACCUGCCUACGCUUCGUUCCUUACAGUGGCCAAACGGAUUAUAUAAUCAUUAAGAACACUAACACGGGUUGCUGGUCCAGUGUAGGGCGAACGGGUGGUCGUCAAGAAGUAAAUCUUCAAGCGCCUGGCUGCGUAAGUAAAAAAGGAACGAUUUUACAUGAACUACUGCACGCUAUUGGAUUUCUGCACGAGCAAAGUCGACCCGAGAGGGACGAUUUCGUCUACAUACAAUAUUCCAAUAUUAAACCAGGCGCAGAAAAUAAUUUCAAGAAGGCCGAUACCAAACGCACCAGCGAUUUCGGAGUAUCGUACGACUACAACAGUGUAAUGCAUUAUUCAGAGUACGCUUUCUCUAAAAACUCGCAGAAGACCAUUGUUCCUAAGAUUAAAGACAUGAAACUUGGCCAGCGAGAGGGUCUUAGCCGAGGAGACGUAAAAAAAGUUAAUAACAUGUACAAUUGUAAAAAGGAAGAACCUACAAGUGGAUGGGUCGGCCAGGUGUGGCAGAGCUUUUUCGGAACUAAGACAUGA